CUUUAAGCUUUAUCAUGCCCAACCGGUCGGUUUGCCUAUCCCGAGCGUACCCGAGCGACUGACGACGCGGUGUCGUAUCCCUUUCAGAUUGGAUCCAACGCACCACCACACAAAACCGCGUAGGGCAGGUGCGCGAUAGAUCCUCGGGCAUUCGAACUUUAGGCGGCAUAUCGCGUCACAACGCGUUCGUCGGCUCCGUUGGCGGGAGCGCCAAGUGUUCCCGUGGGGGAACUUUUCGUUUUUUUCGGCGACUGCCGAAUUAGUUCGUUAAAUAACAUCGCGCUGAUAAGCGAACGUAAGUGCGAUCUCGCUAGAGAUCCCGCACCGUUCGUAUGUGCCAGUGGUAAACGAUAGCCCCCCAGAGACGCAUCUGCCGUAUUUUGUAGCUAAAUCGAUUCGGGAAAAGGUGAACGAAGAUUACGGACGGAUUUGCGUUGCGGUGUGUUAGUGCAUAAAUCAUACAUGAUUGAACAGGAUACACAGGCAGGACAGUACAUGCCCGAUGUAGUGCACGGAUGGAUUGCAUAGGAUCCGAUACCGAGAUGAUGGACAUCACCAACUCGUACGAUCGCACCAUGUCGGUCACGAUAGUGCUGUUCUACACGUUCGUCACGCUGUUUAUGUUUCUGUCCUACAACCCCAAGCCGAAGAAAAUCAUUGAAUCGAUCCGAAGCUUCCUGCUGCAUCUGCUCCAGCACAAUGGCGACGAGGGUGGUGGCAGCGGUGGGCUUCCCACGUCGAAGUCGUCUUGCAACGUCCAGGCGGAGUCGGACGAAUGUCUGCCGAAGGUGAAAUCGAUCUGGGACAUACCGGGACCACACCGUUUGCCCUUGAUCGGUACCAAAUGGCGAUACUUUCUCGGUCGGCAACGGUACGCCAAGGUGCACGAAACGUUCAUGGAGAUGCAUCGUCGCUACGGCCCAAUCAUGCUCGACGUCGACACGGUCCCGAUCGUGAAUCUGUUCGAUCGUGCCGACAUGGAGAAGGUGCUGAAGUACCCGAGCCGUUUUCCCUUUCGACCGCCGACGGAAAUUGUCGAGGUCUAUCGAAGCAGCCGGCCAGAUCGGUUCGGAGUAACCAAUCUGAUUAAUGCGCAGGGUGAAAAGUGGCACGAGCUGCGAACGAAACUGACCACGGGCAUUACCUCCAGACGUAUCCUGCAAUCCUUCAUACCGUCUGUCAACGAGAUUUGCGACGAUUUUGUGGAGUUGGUGCGUCAUCAGCGGACAGAAGAUGGAACGAUCCGGAACUUCCAGGAUAUAGCCAACUCGGUCGGACUGGAGAUUAUUUGUUGUUUGGUGUUGGGUCGGCGAAUGGGUUACCUGACGACAAAUCGACAGAAUGAAAAAUUUAUGCGACUUGCCGAAGCCGUCAAGGAGUCGUUCGUUUACAUCGGUGAGAGUUACUACGGGUUAAAGCUGUGGAAGUACGUUCCGACCCGACUCUACCGUAACUUUGUACGGUGUGAAGAGAUCAUCUACGAUACGAUCGCAGAGAUUGUAUACGAGGCGCUGGAGGAAGAACAGCUCAACUGUCCAGAUAACGACGUGAAGCAUAUCUUCAUCAGCAUUCUUCAAACGGAAGGACUGGAUACGAAGGAGAAGAUAUCCGGCAUUAUUGACCUCAUUACCAGUGCCAUAGAAACGCUUUCCAACACACUCUCGUUUUUGCUGCACAAUCUCAGCCAGUCGCUCCAGCAUCAGCGUGAGAUUGCGCAAGAAUUUAGCCACUGUGUGCAGAACAUCACCAACGAAGAUCUUGUGAACGCACGCUUCACCAAGGCCUGCAUCCAAGAAUCGUACCGUCUAUCACCGACGACGCCCUGUCUGGCGCGAAUUCUCGAAGAAGACUUCCAGCUGUCCGGCUAUCAUCUGCAGGCGGGAACUCUCGUACUGUGCCAUACGCGAGUUGCCUGUCAAAGUGAGGACAAUUUUCAUCAUGCGGAACGCUUCCUACCGGAUCGUUGGCUCGAACAGCGGGAUGAAAACCAUAACGUCGUGUACAAGCGGCAGGAACCGGGAGCAUCGGUCGUCCUUCCAUUUGGCAUCGGUCGGCGAAUGUGUCCCGGGCAGAAGGUUAUCGACAUUGAGCUAACGCUACUGGUGGCAAAGAUAUUCCAAAACUUCGAGAUCGAUUAUCGCAGUCCGCUCGAUACACAGUUCCAGUUCCUGUUGGCACCACGCACACCGAUAGAGAUUAGGUUCCGGGAUCGGACGUAAAUGGCCGAUUGCGGCGCGUGUAAGGUAACAGCCACGAAACUUUACACGCCCAACCGGAACAGACAUAUUACAUUCGCUACUACCUCGUACACAAGUUCGGUACAUUACGAUACAUGGUGAUGUCUUGCACUAAAAGAAAAAGGAAAACUCGGGAAGGCCCUGUAGAAGGGUUUUAUCAUACGUUCGAUUAGAAUCAUAUUGAUUAGAUCGCAGUGCGAUAUGAACUACCUUGGAUAGAACUGAUAUCAUAUGAAUUCCGUUUCCUAGUUUAGAGAAAAGUAGCAACAGGUGAACAGCAUAUCUGAACACACACACUGUGAAAGACUAACUAUAGAGACUGUAGCUAUACUAUACUGUUCAUCGCUUAGUAGGAGCAACACAGAAGCUCCAUUAUUUUGCGCAGCAAAGCGCUCCCUUUUCGCCUGGCGAACCAGCAAAGCUUGCUUUACGAUAGGUUCGUUAGUGUACCGGCAGUAGAAUUGGUACCGAAACGGUUCGUUCUUUUUGUGCGACCGUAGAUGCAUUAUUUAUUACGUAUAUACAGCUCCAGAUGUACAAAUUUACCAGUUAUUUAAACAAUAUAUAAACUGAUACCUUAUUGCACACUGUCUAA